CAGAAACGAAAAGUUGGGGACAUUUUCAAGGCAAAGGUGGGUAUAUUACGAGAACAAUGUCUGCUUUUACAGACACGGGCACACUUAAAGGUUCCUUGUCUUGACGGACACCUGUGUUUUCUACCUGCUUUUUGAUGGCUUGCUUUGAAAGCAAUAAGGGCAGUUUGGAGGAGGACAGCUAUGAAGGAGCAGUCGGUGGAGAGCUGUCCAGCUGCGCCUUGGCCAUGAUGGAGAAAGAACGAGAAUCCCUCCUCAGCCCUUCAGAGAGCCCUGGUACCUUCAUCAGCAGCUCCUCCAAUAGCUUCCAGGCUGCCCCUCUUCAGGGCUACGACGUGGAGUUUGACCCACCCUUAGAGAGCAAAUAUGAGUGCCCCAUUUGCCUCAUGGCUCUGAGGAACGCCAUCCAAACGCGCUGCGGUCACCGUUUCUGCAAGAGCUGCAUCGAGAAGUCCAUUCGCGAUACAGGACAGCGGUGCCCUGUGGACAACGAAAUGCUGUCAGAAGAUCAACUGUUUCCUGAUAACUUUGCCAAAAGGGAGAUCCUAUCGCUAACUGUUCGCUGUCCAAACUCUGGCUGCACCGAGAAAAUGGAGCUCCGACAUUUAGAGAGUCAUUUGGAACAGUGUCAGUUCGCCACGGCGCCUUGCUCACAGUGCCAGCAGUCGGUGAGAAAGAGCCACCUAGAGGAGCACACAACUGUUGAGUGCCAAAGAAGACCUGUGUCGUGCCCAGAUUGUGUGACAUCUUUUGUUUACGAGGAGAGAGAGCUUCACGAGCAGCAGUGUCCCUUUGCCAGCGUGAAGUGCCAGUACUGUGAGAUGGAUCUCAUCAGAGACCAGAUGGCAUCUCACUGUGACACAGAUUGCCCCAAAGCACCCAUCACCUGUAACUUUAGCAUCUUUGGAUGUAAAGAAAGGAUGCAGCGCCACAACCUGGCUCAGCACAUGCAGGAGUUCACUCAGAUGCACAUGCGCUACAUGGCGGAGUUUUUGCGUGGCCUCAGCCUCAACGGCACCACACCCAAGCCGCUGUGGCCUCUCGGACCUUCUGUUUCCACCGAGGAUCAGGGAGCUGCGGCGCCGGUAUCGGCCUGCGGCGGACCCAGAGGACCCGCGAGCUGCAGCAGCAACUGCACUCAGCCCAGCGAGGAGAUGCAGAGGCUCCGAGAGAUGGACGGACGGCUGGUGAAGCAGGACCAUCAGCUGCGGGAGCUCAUCAUCUUAAAGGAAACACAGGCCGGCCAGCUUGCAGAGCUCAGGCGCAGGGUUUCCAUGCUGGAGGAGACGGUGAAGGAGCUGGAGGCCCAGCAGUGCCACGGCAUCUUCAUCUGGCGCCUCCGAGGCUUCUCUGCCCACCUGAGGAACCAAGAAGCGGGCCUCCCCGUGGUCGAGCACAGCCCCGGCUUCUACACCGGCCGCCCGGGCUACAAGCUGUGCCUCCGUUUGCACCUGCAGACCCCCAACGCCCCACGCUGCUCCAACUACAUCUCCCUCUUCGUCCACACCAUGCAGGGGGCGUUCGACGGGCAGCUGACGUGGCCGUUUCAAGGGACCAUCCGGCUGGCCAUCCUGGACCAGGGCCCCGAGGGUCUGCAUCACAUGGAGGUGAUGGAGACGAAGCCGGAUCUGCAGGCGUUCCAGAAACCCACCAACCAGCGCAACCCCAAAGGAUUCGGCUACGUCACCUUCAUGCACUUGCACCAGCUGAGUCAGAGGGCGUUCGUUAAAGACGACACGCUGCUGAUCCGCUGCGAGGUGACGCCACGUUUUGACAGUACGGUUCACCGCGAGGGGCCGACGGUGCAGCCUCGAGGACCCGAAGCGUCACUUUCAAGGGACUAACGUCAAAGUCAUUUCUCUGGACACCUCAUCACAUGUACCAUCUUCUAGAGUUUCAGUUCAUUUUGGAGGAGGGAAAACUGACAUUAACAACCAUUUGGAAAUUGCAAUAGUAAUAUUUAUUUGUUUUCCAGACUUUUAAAUAUCAGUGAUUUUUUAUUUUCAUGUAAACAGCUUUGGAAGUAAUUAUUAGACUACUCUGUCUCUUUUUUUGCACUUCUAGGUGGAAUUAUAUGGCAUUUUUUAGCGACGCCCCUUAAAAAUCUUCUCGUUAUCUUGCAAUUCUCUUCUAUUAGGCAUAGCUGAUUGAUCAUUUAUCUGUUGACUUUACAUGUGCAGCUCAUGCACAGAAUAUUAUAUCACAUUUUAAACAUUUUUAUUGUAUGCAUUGAAUAAUUUUAAGGCAUUUUUAUGUCUUGAAGAUGAUCCCGCAAUUAGUUACCCACUAGGACAAAAUUCUAAAGAAAACAGCAGGUUGUCAAAUAAUUAUUUCCAAAGCUCAGUGUUUUUAAUUAAUAUUUCCAAUCUAUGUACUCACCCACACGGUACCAUCAAUCAUCAAAGCCUCGUAUGUUCAAAAUAUGUAAAUAUUCAGUGUUUAAUCAGCUCAGCGGACUGAAAAUCACUACAAGACUUUGCCCUCUUGUUGUGGUUGUCGGAGACAGCGUCGCAUGUCGAAAGGUACCCUGAGGAGUUUUUGUCCACUGGUGGUGCCGUGUAGCAACGUUUUAAAGAGCCAAUUGCAUUGUAUGUUAUUUUAUCUCAAUGUGUACUAGUACACACAAGGAGACGGAGACAUGGUGAUGUACAGUGAUGGUAGUGGAAGUUGAAAAUGAAUUGCUUGAUGCUGUGGAAGUGCCUCAAAACAAGACUGGUAAAGCACUCAGAGCACAGUACUCCUCCAAGGCUGUUGCAUGGCAUUGUCAGAAAUGCCUUUUUUUUUUUUUUUUUUUUUUUAUAGAAAUGCAGCCUUGUUUAGUAGUUAUUAAUGAUCAGAAAUCACGGCAACAUAGAAUGUGUUCAUUUAAUAUAGAUGUACCCACAAACAAAAUGACCUUGCACUGAGCACAGGCGUGUGUUAUGCAUGUGUACGUUAUGUACGGGUACCAAAUCACGUGACCUAAAUAUGUAGCUGGCGACAGGAAUUGAUGGGACUCAGAAACGCCCCCACAAUUUAAUCAAAUGUUCCUUGUAUCAUUUCUGAUGGAUAAGUCUGCAGCAGUGGAGUUGUAGUAGGAUCACAAUCCUGUGAUUCUCAGCAGGCAGGUGAUGUAGCAUUGACUUGUCAUAGUUACAGUGACACCGUGCCGCUAUCUGACAACGAUACAGGAAUUUUUAACAAAUUCCUGGAUCCAGACUAUAAGUCACAUCACUGCCAAAAUCUAAUCACUUGGUCCUCGUGUCAUUUCUGACCUUCCCUGAAAAUUUCAUCCAAAUCCGUUGGUCCGUUUUUGAGUGAUGUUGCUAACAGACAGACGGACAAACGUACAUCGAUCGUCACAUAACUCUGUCGCGUUCCUUGACGGCAUAAUUAUUUUUGUAAUCGCAAUUUAAGACCAAAUAGAGACCAAAUAGAAUAAAAACCUCUGGAAAAGCUGUAAUUUUAGCAUUCUGUUCCUGAAAUACGGAAGCCUUAAGAACCUGUUUUUCUGUGCCUUGUGAACAACUUUCAUUUGGGAAAAAAUCUAACAUUAUCUUGGAACAGAUGCAGCAGAAUCAACUGAAGGUCCAUCAUUAACAAUAGGACAUUCUUUGGUUUCGCUGUUUUACACCGGACUUUGGAGGCCAACAGCCUUCCAGUAUUACAGCACAAAGGUGAAGGAGGAGACGAGUAAUUGAUUUUGAGUUUUUGGAACGUUUCAGUGCAUUCGUUGGACCUCUUGUUGGGAAACACUGACUUAACAGUUUACACAAAAACUCCCCAGGGUACCUCUUAAGAAAGGUCAUUGUGAUGAAUAGAAUUAGUAAAGCUUGUGCUGUUGCUACUCAGUGUUUCACACUGCACUACUUCUGACUGUACUGCUCUUAAAGCAUCACCGUGGCUAAUUUAGUGAAAAAUAUUCUUGUAAACAUGGAGGACAUUCUGCUUACCAGGUUUGAUUUUUGCCAGAAAAAGAUUCAUCACCAAGUUGCUCUUGAAACUUUUGUGCCUUUCAGACAAAUUCCUGCUAAAUGUGACCAAUAUUUUAAACAUCCAUCAAUCAUUGCUGCUUUUUGUCUGUACUUCUAAGCAAAAUGCUGCCUUUAUGUAAUUAAUAUGCUGUAUUUCUUAGUCUUGUUUUGCCAUUUGUCACAUUGUUGUGAUGCCAUUUAAAGAGAUUUGAUUGUGCAUAGAAUGUUACACUGAAUGCACAGUUAAAGCUAAUGACUGUAUGGGUUGUUGUUUUUAAUACGAUCAUGAAAAAAGGCUGAAAUUAAAGCUAACAUCUUUUAAUCUCA